AUGCUUCCCUCGGGAUUGAUAACUAGACUUGAGAUAACGCCUUUCCCUUCCUUUGGCAGAGGAGAUAGCCACCAAGCUAGCACUUGUAAUGAAAAUGAAAUUGUAUGCCUAAGUAGAAUUAAACAUCAUCCAUAUAUGCGCCGAGCUUGUGCAAACAGCCAGGCAAUAAUAAGUGUUCAGGACAGGCCAGUCGCCAAGCCUAGGGAUACCGAGUGA